CCACUCCGACCAUGGGCUCCCCCUUUCCUCUGCUGAACCUGCCCACACCCCUGUGCCCCAUGAUAUGCCCGAUGGAACACCCCCUGUCGGCCGACAUCGCCAUGGCCACCCAUGCAGAUGAGGACGGAGACACGCCUCUCCAUAUUGCUGUGGUGCAGGGUAAUCUGCCAGCUGUGCACCGGCUAGUCAGCCUCUUCCAGCAUGGGGGCCGCGAGCUAGACAUCUAUAACAACCUACGGCAGGUGAGGCUGGGGCCUGGGUCUGAGGGCGACAAGGACCACCUAG